AUGCUCUUUCAAUCACGAGACGGGCCCAUCCCGGCAUCUUGGGCCUGGAAGAAAAUGAUGCGAUUCGUCGUCAUAUUCCUUGCUGUCGCAGGAUUUGCCUUCAUCUUAUGGCCGUCUUCCAGUACCCAGGUCUCCCCAAUGCACGCUCAGCCCAACAUAACCAUAUCCUCGGACGUGAAGUGCGACCCUGACGUCAACGUACUGCGGAAACUAGAAGUCAUCAGAUUAGCCAAAUAUACCCGCCGGGAGGUAGUCGCGGAAUUCUCCGCAGAUGACUUGCCCAUGACGCAGCAAGUCAACUUGCCCUUGUUGAACGUGCAGUAUACCGAAUCCAGUCCGAAUGGGAUUGACGGGGUGCAGGACGGCUGCUCGGUUGCCACUCCCUUGACUGUUCAGGUCCCGAAACCCCCAAAAGUUCCGAACGCAUCGCACAUCGACUUUGGAGUCGCUACUACCGUAUCACGGCUAAAUGAGUCCCUGGAUCAGUUUGCGCACUGGGCUGGGUACACACGCACACGAAUAUUCGCGUUGAUCGAGCCCGAUGAGUCGGGUGGUGAGGCAGUUGAGGAGGUUCGGGCUAAGGCGGACGCGCUAGGAGUCAAUCUCCAGAUCACCGAAGCCGAGGACGACUACCUGCAUCGUUACUUUGCGUUGAUCCCUUUGUUGGAGGCAAACUUGCGCAAUAUGACAAGGUGGGCCUGUAUCAUCGACGACGACACAUUCUUCCCCUCGAUGCCGGCGCUGGUAGAUGCGCUCGGCGCCUACGACCACACCAAGCCCAUGUACAUCGGUGGACUCUCGGAGGGUGUUCCGCAGAUUGCAGCAUUCGGCUUAAUCGCAUUUGGAGGCGCAGGCGUCUUCCUUUCACGACCACUGCUGACCGAAUUGACCGGCGUCUACGACGAUUGCGAGCGAAUGACCUUCACCGGUGAUCGUCGCAUCGCGCAAUGUGUCUACCAAUACACCAACACCCGGAUGACAGUGGACCACCGUUUCCACCAGCUUGACCUGAUGAGGGAUGCCUCCGGCUUCUUUGAGUCCGGUCGCGAGCUUCCGCUCUCCGUGCACCACUGGAAAUCCUGGUUCCAGGCCAACAUCCCCGCGCUCAGCGUCAUCUCCGACCUGUGCGGACCCACCUGUCUGCUUCGUCGAUAUAAAUUCAGCGACGACUGGAUUCUGACCAAUGGAUUCUCUGUCGUUCAUUACGGCUGGGAGCCAUCAUCGAAUGACCUCACUAUGGAAAUGACAUGGGAACCGCACAACGGUGCCAACACCGAUUCCUACCUCCAUGAGCUCGGCCCAUUACGCCCCAAAGAUGAUGAGAAGAUCAGCUACCUACUCUCCGAUUCUGUUGCUGAUGAGAACGGCCGCGUCACACAAUGGUAUAUCAAACGUGACUUCGGGGGCGAUGAGAUCCUGGAGCUCUCAUGGCGGAAACAGUAG